CGCACGAUCGACGAAGCCGGUGUGAAUUACCUCAAGGGAGCAAAGGUGGGCUCGGUGACAGGCUAUCUGAUGGUGUCUGGCACAAUCCUGGGGAAGCCGCACAUGUCAGGGAGGCGUCCGGGCUCAAGCACUCCACGACCCAGGACCCGCUUUGAUUCGAUUUCGGAGAUGGCCGCGGGUUUCCGCGAGAUGCCCUACUGCUACGCAUCCAUGGACAGGAAACCUCUCAUGCCCUACGCUCCCGAUGCCUUCCGCUCCCGACUGGCUGUUGAUGAUGCUCCCGUGCCCUACAAGAAUGCCUCCACCAUUGACUUCAACGACGGGAUCCAUACUUGCCACAAGCGGAGGUUCCAGACGACCAACGCUACAGUAUACACCGGUGAGCCUUGCGACCCACGGAGCAACCAGGGCGUGAUCGCGGAACACACACGCUUUCGCAAGUUCAUGCAGGCCAAGUGA